AUCCAGCAAAAUUCGAGAUUUGUUAGAAGUUCUACACUUUUCAAGACAUUUGAAAUGCUCUUUCAAAUUCUUCGGUGACAAUGAAGACGGAGUUUAAGUUCUCCAACCUUCUCGGGACUGUUUACAGCCAGGGAAAUCUUUUAUUUAGUCCUGAUGGCUCUCUUUUAUUUUCACCAGUCGGGAAUAGAGUAACAAUCUUCGAUUUGGUAAACAACAAAUCGCAUACCUUACCAUUUGCGCAUCGAAAGAACAUCACACGAUUAGGUCUUACGCCUCGGGGAAACCUGCUGCUAUCGAUCGACGAAGAUGGUCGAGGAAUCUUGACGAAUGUUCCAAGAAGAAUUGCGCUUCACCAUUUCUCAUUCAAGUCGCCCGUGUCCACACUCGCAUUUUCACCUUCUGGACGCCAUUUUGCUGUUGGAGUUGGAAGGCAUAUUGAAGUAUGGCAUACACCGUCAACACCAGAUCAGAACGUCGAUGGAGAGCUGGAAUUUGCGCCUUUCAUAAGACAUCGAGUAUAUGCGGGUCACUAUGAUACAGUGCAGAGCAUAGAAUGGUCAAGCGAUUCGAGAUUCUUCCUCAGUGCUGCUAAAGACUUAACGGCCCGAAUUUGGAGUCUGGACCCGGAGAAAGGAUUUGUACCAACAACGCUAUCUGGUCACCGCGAGGGCGUUUUGUGCGCCUGCUUCUCCGAAGACCAGGAGACCAUUUACACGAUCAGUAAAGAUGGUGCUGUUUUCGAGUGGAAAUACUUGCGACAUCCAAAUGCUCCAGAACAGGAGGAAGAUGAGGACGAGAUGGACACAGACGACGACAAACACACACGAUGGCGGAUAGCCAAGAGACAUUACUUUCUGAGAAAUAAUACAAAGGUUAAUUGCGUCGCAUACCAUGCGGCUUCAAACCUGUUGGUUGCCGGAUUCUCAGAUGGAGUCUUUGGGUUGUACGAGAUGCCAGAAUUCAAUAUGAUCCAUUCCCUCAGUAUCUCUCAAAAUGAUAUUGACUUUGUCACUAUCAAUAAGACUGGCGAAUGGCUUGCCUUUGGAGCGUCCAAGUUAGGACAAUUACUUGUUUGGGAAUGGCAAUCAGAGUCAUAUAUCCUCAAGCAACAAGGCCACUUCGAUUCCAUGAACUCCUUGGUCUACUCGCCGGACGGUCAGAAGAUAGUUACGACCGCUGAUGACGGCAAGAUUAAGGUUUGGGACGUCAAUUCAGGCUUUUGUAUUGUGACAUUCACGGAGCAUAUUAGCGGUGUCACAGCAUGCGAGUUUGCGAAGAGAGGGAAUGUUCUCUUUACAGCAAGUUUGGAUGGAUCUAUCCGCGCAUGGGAUUUGAUCCGAUACAGAAAUUUCAGGACCUUUACUGCUCCCACUCGAUUAUCUUUCUCUUCAUUGGCAGUGGACCCGAGUGGAGAAGUAGUCUGUGCUGGAUCCUUAGACUCUUUCGAUAUUCACAUCUGGUCAGUACAAACUGGUCAAUUACUAGAUCGACUGUCAGGCCAUGAAGGACCUGUCUCAUCACUAGCCUUCGCUCCCAACGGAGGUGUGGUGAUUAGUGGAAGCUGGGAUCACACAGUACGGAUCUGGCCCAUCUUUGACAGGACACAGACCAGUGAACCACUUCAGUUACAAGCAGAUGUAUUGGAUGUCGCGUUUAGUCCCGACUCCAGACAGUUAGCAGUCUCUACACUGGAUGGCCAAUUGACCUUCUGGUCUGUCUCUGAGGCAGAACAACAAGCUGGUGUAGAUGGUCGACGAGAUGUAUCUGGUGGCCGUAAGAUCACUGAUCGCCGAACUGCUGCCAAUGCUGCUGGGACAAAGGCUUUCAGUACCAUUAGAUACAGUGCAGAUGGCACUUGCUUGCUGGCUGCUGGCAAUAGCAAGUACAUCUGUUUAUACUCGGUGGACUCGCAAGUGCUACUGAAGAAAUUUACUGUCAGCAUCAACUUGUCGUUGUCUGGCACACAAGAAUUCUUGAACAGCAAGCUCUUGACCGAAGCUGGACCACUAGGACUUAUAGACGAGCAAGGAGAGGCGUCUGAUCUAGAAGACCGAAUCGACCGCACACUCCCAGGCUCGACUCGAGGCGGCGAUCCAUCAGUACGGAAACGUAUGCCAGAAGUACGAGUAUCAGGCGUCUCUUUCUCCCCAGCCGGAAGAUCAUUCUGCGCCGCAUCAACAGAAGGCCUCCUCAUCUACAGUCUAGACACCAUGCCAUUAUUCGACCCUAUCGAUCUCGACCUGGCCGUAACUCCAGCAUCAACCCUCCACGUCCUGCACCAAGAAAAAGACUAUCUAAAAGCCCUAGUCAUGGCCUUCCGCCUCAACGAAGCGACAUUAAUCCAGCAAGUCUUCGAAGCCGUACCUCACACCAGCAUCAGUCUCGUCAUCAAAGACAUGCCGGUCGUCUAUCUCCAGCGCUUAAUCCGCUUCGUCGGCAGGCAAGCAGAAGAGUCGCCACAUCUCGAAUUCUGUCUUCUCUGGAUCCAGGCCAUCUUUGAUUCUCACGGACAGUGGAUCCGCGAUAAUAGAGGCGCGAUGGAUGCCGAGCUCAGAGUUGUCAUUCGAAGUGUGGGCAGGAUCAGGGAAGAGUUGACGAAAUUGGCGGAUGAAAAUUGUUUCAUGAUCGAUUAUUUACUCAGUCAGCCGAUUGAUACUCCUCAGUCCGGGUUGAAGACUCUUGAGAAUGGCGAGGUUCGUGUUAUGGAUGUAGAUGGCGAAGAAGAAGACGAGGAUGGAGAAUGGAUUGGGUUGGAUUGAGUUACGAAUUAUGAACAUCACUGUGGGCCGGAAUUAUCUAGAACGCUGUAUUGUCGAAACAAACACAACACUUCAUCUCCCCCAAAAUCACUUGCAACCGUACU